UUCACCUGAGCAAUGGCGUGCUCCGUUACGCUCACCCUGCUCCUCCUCCUCCUCCUCUUAACUCCAUGCCUUGGGAGAUCAACGACGGUCUCAAAAUCUGAAAGGCCAUCGGUGAUCAUCGUGGGAGCAGGGAUCUCCGGAAUAUCAGCAGCAGUGGCUUUGGCCAGAGCUGGCGUCCAUGAUGUCUUGAUACUGGAAGCCACUGACAGCGUCGGCGGCAGGAUUCACAGGAAAAGAUUCGCCGGACACCAGAUUGAGGUCGGGGCCAACUGGAUUCAAGGGGUCCACGGUGAGAAAAUGAACCCAAUCUGGCAAAUGGCGGAGAAGCUCCACCUCAAGACAUUCUUCUCAGAUUACUCCAACAUCUCCUCCAACACUUACUCGCAGAGUGGUGUGCUUUAUGAGAGAUCAGUGGUCGAGCAAGCGCUGAAAGUUUCAGAGAAGGUGGUCGAGGAUGGUGGAAUCUACUCACAUUCUCUGCCUUCCGACGGCCAUGAAGACAUCUCCAUUUUGGGGUUUCAGAGAAUAAAGAAACAUGCUCCUGCUACUCCAUUGGAGAUGGCAGUGGACUACUACACGAACGACUAUGAGAGCGCCGAGCCGCCUCGCGUAACAAGCUUGCAAGGAACACUGCCAAUCCGCACGUUUACAGACUUUGGAGAGGACGACUACUUUGUUGCUGAUGAAAGAGGUUUCGAGAGCUUGGUGCAUCACUUGGUCAAUCAAUCCCUCGACACUGAUUCCAUCAAACUAAACCAGGUCGUGAGGUCCAUAAACCAAUCGAGAAAUGGAGUGACUGUAACCACAGAGAAUGGCAGCCAUUACAGAGCAGAUUAUGUGAUGGUUUCUGUGAGCAUUGGAGUCCUCCAAACGGACUCGAUCAAAUUCCACCCUCAACUUCCACAAUCUAAGUUCUCAGCCAUUUGUCAGCUUGAUAUGGCAGUAUUCACUAAGAUUUUCCUCAAGUUUCCCUACAAGUUCUGGCCUGACAGAAACAAGACUGAGUUCUUCUUGUACGCCAGUGAAAGAAGAGGAUAUUACACAAUUUGGCAGGAGCUCGAGAAAGAACUCCCAGGAGCCAAUGUACUGCUUGUUGUGGUGACUGAUGACGAAGCAAAAAGGAUAGAGUUGCAGCCAGAUGAAUCGACCAAAGCCGAAGCCAUGCAAGUUCUGAAGAACAUGUUUGGGAAGAAAAUCCCAGAGGCCACAGACAUAUUUGUCGCGAGAUGGUGGACCAAUAGGUUCUUCAGGGGCUCCUUCUCCAAUUGGCCUAUUGGCCUCCACAGCCAUGACUUCAAUCGAAUUAAGGAACCUUUUGGGAGGAUUUUCUUCACUGGAGAGCACACGAGCAGACUCUACAAUGGCUAUGUGCAUGGUGCAUACUUGGCAGGAGUUGACUCUGCAAACAAGUUGGUUCAACGCAUCAAGAAGAUGGAGAGAGCCAAGAGCUGAAAUUUGGGUCAAUGGACUAGAUAUUUAGACCAAUUUUGUAACUCGUAAAGUCGAGAUCCAUGACUCCAAUAACUAUCGAGAGUUUCUCUUGCCAUGAUUUGAAGUUGAUUGUUGAAAAGAACAAUAAACAAACAAACAUGCUCACAAAAAUAUCAAAACAAGAACAACAA